AUGGUUUCUUUUGCAGAUGAUAUGUACUUUCAUAAUAACGGGUCCGAAGAACAAGAUGACUACAGUGAGGAUAAUGUUAAGUAUUUCCCUGCUGACCAAACAAAGUAUCCACUCUUCCAGUCAAACGUUGCAGCAGAGUUUCCAACUAUCGUAAACACUUCAUGCCGAAUACCUCAUAUCAUCCAUCAGAUAUUUAGCAAUGAAAACGUUCCUAAAGUCUUUCAAAAACCCAUGCGUUCAUUUAUUCUAUACAAUCCGACAUGGGAGUAUAGAUUUUGGACAUAUAGUUCUGGAAGAAAUUUCUUGAUAAAGCAUCAUGCUUAUCUCCUAGAUUUCUAUGAUAAGAUUGGGGAAAAUGACGUGAAAAGGUCUGAUUUGCUACGAAUGGCGAUAAUCUAUGAAUUUGGUGGUGUUUAUGCUGAUUUAGAUGUGGAGAAUUUACGGUCACUGAAUAUCACAACAACUAAAUACGCAUGUAUUUUACCACCAGAACCUUUUGAACAUUCUGGUAUUUUAUAUGGGGAAGAAGUCAUAAUAGCCACGGCUGUUCUGUUAUGUAGACCAAAGCAUCCUUUUAUCAAACAAAUACUUUUAUCCCUGCAGCAUGCCGAUCCUAAUGGCGAUCCUGUCAGUACAACUGGUCCUGAAUUUAUCACACACAUGUACCUGAAAUACAACAACAUUACAAAAUCGGAUUUACUUAAAUCUGUUGCUGACACUACGUCAAAUUCACCGUAUUUCUACAAAGGGACACGAGAUGAGGACAGUCAGGACGGAAUAUAUAUACCUAAUUCGCAAUAUUUCAUGGACAACGUCGAUCCCAUGCUGCGAAACGAAGAUGGUGAAAUAAAAGAAUGUGUUGAUAAGUCACUGGAUGCACUUUCAUUUCUAGAAAAACGUGCCUGCACAGAAUUUGAAAGUCGUAAAACAAUAAGAAAAGAGAAACAUUUUACAUUUACGAUUCAUUACUGGUUUCACCUCUGGACUUACACUGAUUCUUUUGCGAAGAAAAUGCCGCGGAUCCAUAUCAAACAAAUUAUUCCAAAGGCUAUAUCUUUUUGA